GCUCAUGCCAUGGAAAACCAUCAACAUACAGUCGAACAGUGUUAUCCGUGGCUCACGAUGCCUCUCACGCAAGGAACAUUCGACUUUCUCUUCCAUCAUGUCGUUCUACCCCCAAAGCUACCACAGGAGCAUGACGAAGAUGAAACAGAGAAUGGAGUGCGUCAAGAGAGGAAACUGCACGAGUAUGUUUUGGCAGUUCUCCAGGACUACAUCUGCAAGAGCCCGUCGGAAUUCAGAGUGGGGUUGAAUCUCACUCAGGGGAUGCUGCAGAAUUGGCUAAAGAUCCAGAAACCAGAUGGACCCUGCGAAAAGGCUCUAGCGCAGAAGCUAUCCGACCUUCGACUCGAUGGCGCCUUCGCUCUCUAUAUUCGCGCCCAAAAUUGCGGGUGGAUAGGAUUCCAUGAUACAACGCAGAACAAAGUCAUCUUCGAUGCCUUUCAGGUAUCACCGCGUGCGGAGGAUGUGCUGUCCGCUCAAGGGAGCCUACUUCGUCGUUUUCCCGGACAGAGUGUGGCUAUACCCAGCGACAGGCUGAGCGAGGCGACAACGCUGCCAGAGGAGAGAGAUACUGCACAUCCUGGUCCGGUUACCGAGUGUCCGAUGACCCAACUUCUAGCUUUCGGCGAACGAAACAAGUGGCCGUCAUUCGAGAAGCAUAUGCGUGAUGAGGUCAACUGGAAGAGUAGCAAGCUCCCCUGGCGACGAUCGCCGUAUUGGUUUGUCAUGCGCGUUGCCCUGCAGACGCUUCUUCGUCGCGCCUUCCCCGAGGACAAGGGGCAAUUGCAAUUCAAGAAUUUCAUGCUCUACCUGGUUGCAAGGCUCGGAAUCCAGGCCACAAACAUGCGUCCAACCGUCUCUGCCAAUUAUUUGGAGAUAGUUCGCAUGAAGAUUGCUCGUCGGACAUGUAAGUUGCAGAGAAUCGCCUACGAGUUCGUUGCAAAGCAGGCUCACUCCACCGUGAGGGUAAUCCUGAAAGCUCUGCAAGAUAUACAGGCCACUAUCCGCAAGUCCGAUCGAGUCGUUGAGGACAAUCUGCUCACCAUAUUCGAUUGCGAACGCUGGGUAGAAAAUGAGCUAGGUGGCUGGACGAAUAUCUUGACACCAUCAGAGAGUCUCAGCUGCGCCCUAGCCUCGCUGUUUGGAGACUAUUAUCGGCGUGCGCGUGCAUUCUACGCUGACAAUCCGGAAGCUGUGUCAAUAAUGGUACUGACCAUGCUGGAACUGUGGAUGGCGCUCGAUCAAAUGUGCGUCAGAUUUUGCCCGCUUCUGGCAGACUACUCUCCAGAGAUACCGCCGAAUUUCCUCGAGCCACUGCUCUUACCACAACGUUCGCAAAUGGAGAGGGCUUACAAAGUCGAGGACUACAUUCGAAACAGACACAGAGAUACAGGUCGAUACCCUAGUAUUCUCCAGGAUCCGAUGCCUCAAUGCUUUGGGGCGCGCUACUGUGAUGCUUCUCAAAAGCACCAGCAGCUGCGGUCACGGAUCGAAGAGCACGCUCGACGUCAGGUCGAGAAAAAAAGGGAAGAAUGGUCGGAAAGGUCGGCGAAACACAGCAAUCUGCUUAGAGAAGCCCGGAGACUCGGGUGCGAAUUUUAUUGGUCCUACGAUGGUUAUCGAAGACACAGUAUUGGUUGCAAAAAAUGUUCGCUGGAAAGGCAAGCCGCUGGUAUAACUAUCAACAUCCAUGAAUGGCCGCUUCCCGAGAAUGAAACAACUGUGAAAGCUGUGGUCUUCGAGAUAGACUGCCCUCGUUGGCUCGCCGCAUGGCGUGACGUAACGUGGAAAAUGACACAAGAUCUUGGUAGAUCCGGGUUCAGCGCAGGCGUAGGUGUGGAGGAAGAUAUUCUCCGAUACAGCGAAACACGACCCUUUAUCACAGACUUGGGUCAACGCCUGACCAUGGGCUCUACUGCAAAGUCAUUUCUACGCACACACUACAACGGGAGAAGCUUUCCCGCGAGAUUUAACGAAGUAGCACUGCCAAACGGGCUUCGGUUCAAGCUGCUAGAUAAAGGUUCGGGUAUCUGGAUCACCGACCAAACAGAGGCGUCUGCUGUGAAGCGUCUAUGCACUUUGCGCUUGACAGAAGAUGUCUAUUCCAAUCUUCAAUAUGCAUUGGAAUCGUCCAAUCAUUCCGAGAACAAGGUCUUGGCCGACCAACAGAUAUGUCACAGCGCCCUGAGCCUGCAUGAAUUUGUUGCCUUUGGUCGUCUCCGGGCAGGCGAGCGUGUGCAAUGGUACAGUAUAGUCCGUGAGCUUGCAUCGUGUGAUCUCUCCAUGGAUAGUCCGUCGGUUGGGCUUCUAUUUCGUCAGGCAGCGUGGGAGCUGGGCACCUGGAGUGCAAGUACAGACUUGAGAGAGGCUCACCGAGUCUUCAGUGACCGAGACUUCAGGAAUCGACUGUUGGAGACUCUAGGACAACAGCUUUGAUCGAUUGAAGGGAAUUGGAACAAGUAAAACCAUCUCCAGACCUUGGUCAUACUUGCGCUUCGAGCGCUAAGCCUCUCUGCUGAGGGUCAAACAUUGGAUCAGGCGGCCAGCUUCUUACGUGGUUGCCGAAAGGUUGCGAUAACAUAGGCUGAAGAUCUCAACGCAAGCCUGGAUCUUCAAACUGGCUCCGGGAUCCACACGCAUCAGUCAUUACUCAGCCAAAUUGGACAAGUUUGCCAGCUGACCUACGCUUUGAAGCCACGACACCUGUGCUUCGUGCUGCAAACCGCAGAGGAUAUU